AUGUCAUAUACACUCGCCGUCGUCCUCACCGUCUCUUCGUCUAUUCCGUCACUAUUCACCGUCACCCUGACUGUGUCCACAACAGACAACAACAGUCAGCAAACCACACACCGAAGACGAGACGAAGAAGCAGAAGAAGACGAAGAUACGUCUCAUGCCGAUGGCUCCCUCGGCGCCAGCCCUUCUCUCACGGCUACCAUCAACGAGACCCCCAUCGACGACGAGGAGAUCGGCCUCACCCCCCCAGCAGCGACGGCACAAGCAAUGGCGCGCCAGGGAAGGAGACAGCAGCGUUGA